GUUCGCGACUCCCACUUUCCACCGCCACAAUGCCAGAUGAAGGGCCGAGCUUCAAGACUUGUGACGAAGGCUUCGCAGCUGUCCUGGGCUCACGACCAGAUAUCCGUCUGUUUCUGCAACAUGACGAGUAUCCCUGGGCACACGAGGCCUGCGUCUUCAUCCCUUCCACAGGCGACCUCUUCAUAACAAGCAAUCGUGUCUCAGUCGACGAGGACGAGCAGAAGAUUGUCAUUACCAAAGUCAACAUCACUGGCGAUGUCUCUGCUGCUCGUCGGGAUGAGAUAUCCGCACCAGACAUUGCCAUGGCCAACGGCGGUGUGAACUACAAGGACGGCGUACUCUUCUGCAGCCAGGGCGACCGCAACAGGCCUGCAGGGCUGUGGCACAUGGAUGCGCGUUCGCCACAUAAAGUCACACCUGUGCUGACCUCGUUCAAUGGGAGACCAUUCAACUCGCUGAACGACGUCGUUGUGCAUCCCGAGGAUGGGUCGAUCUGGUUCACGGACCCCGUGUACGGCGCCGAGCAAGGCUUCCGUCCACCACCUCAGCUGCCCAACCAGGUCUACCGAUAUGAUCCGCAAAAGGGCACUGUAAGGGCUGUCGCGGACGGCUUUGAUAGGCCGAAUGGACUGUGCUUCUCGCCAGACCUCUCGACAAUGUAUAUCACAGACACGGGCUUGAUACACGGCGACGGGUCGUCGAGCUUUAGGCGGCCGGCUACCAUCUAUGCUUUCGACAUCAUCUCAAGAUCCGGCCAGCCAUUCCUCGCAAAUCGCCGACUGUUCGCCAUGGCGGACAAUGGCGUGCCAGACGGGAUCAAGACAGAUGAGGCCGGCAACGUAUACAGCGGAUGCGGCGACGGCAUUCACGUAUGGUCAGCUGGAGGGGUGCUACUCGGCAAGAUCAUGAUCCCUGGAGGCGUGGCUAAUUUCUGCUUCUGCCGCCGUGGGGAGAUCAUGGCACUCAAUGAGACGAAGUUGUGGCAGAUCAAGCUGUCAGAUGGUUGUAUUGGUUCUUUGUUGAAAUUGUAGAACAGCUAGUUAUUGUUGAGUACGUAUGAAAGACAGAGCGACGCGUUUGAAUUCACAUACAAAUAAUGUUCACGUU